AAGAGAAAUGUUCAUUCUUUUCUGGAAAUCUUAGCAGAGUUGAGAGAUUGAAGAUCUGAUAGUCCCAGAGAAAAUGAUGCUUUUUAACAAAAGGAUGUUGCCACUAAAGCAGGUGGCUGGGGCAGGGCUGGGGCAUGGAGCGGGGAGCCCGGUGCUGGCCGCAGGGCAGAGGCUGUGCCGCUGGGCUCCUCCCCAGCCCUGCCCCUUGCCAGCCCUGCCCCGAGCUCGCCACCCCUGGCACUGCAGUUUGCCUCCUGUCCUGCCUGCGCUCGCCUUCCGGAGCUGCUGGAGGCCCAUGUCGAGGCAACCUGCGUGGGUUCGGAAAUGUCCUUCCUGCCCGACUUGGGGACCUUCACCAUGGGUAUGUGGUCUGUUGGCCUUGGAGCCAUUGGUGCGGCUGUGACGGGCAUCGUCCUUGCUAACACUGACUUGUUUUUGUCCAAGCCAGAAAAGGCUACCCUGGAGUUUUUAGAGGAGAUAGAGCUAAAAACUUUGGGAUCAGAACAAAGGACAUUCAAGGCAAGUGAACUAUGGGAGAAGAAUGGUGCAGUGAUCAUGGCUGUACGAAGACCUGGAUGAUUUUUGUGUAGAGAGGAGGCUUCUGAGCUUUCCUCUCUGAAACCCCAGCUGUCCAAGCUGGGUGUCCCUCUCUAUGCUGUUGUGAARGAGAAGAUAGGGACUGAAGUGGAGGAUUUUCAGCAUUAUUUCAAAGGAGAAAUCUUUCUGGAUGAAAAGAAAGGCUUUUAUGGUCCACGCAGACGRAAAAUGAUGCUGUCCGGCCUGUUCCGCUUGGGAGUUUGGCAGAAUUUCUUCCGUGCUUGGAGAAGUGGAUAUAGUGGAAAUCUGGAAGGAGAAGGAUUCACCCUGGGAGGCGUAUAUGUGGUUGGAGCAGGAAGCCAGGGUAUUUUACUGGAGCAUCGUGAGAAAGAAUUUGGAGACAAAGUCAGCCUUCCAGCUGUCCUUGAAGCUGCUGAGAAGAUAAAACCACAAGCUUCAUAAGUGGAAAAACAGUUGCACRUGUUUCUGAUUACAGCUUGAAAUGUAGAAUGCAUCCAUGUCUUGAGUGUGCAGUUUAAUUGCUUAACUAUUUAGUGAUCAGURCACMGGAAARGUUCUCUAUUCAAACAUAGAAAAUKAUGAAAAUCCUCUUGAAUUGUUUUUUUGUUCCUUUGCAGCCUUCCAGGUGGUCAGGAUUUCAAAUGAUCCUUUGUGUCUGACUGUAUUAAUGAAAGGCUGGGUCUAAAAUCUGACCUAGCCUAGAUGUUUUCAGUCAGAGACAGUCGGUUGAAAACCUGUCUACCUACGGAAACAAAACACUGCUGAGGCUGCAGUAGUGGAGUWCCUGCUGAGGGGAAAAGACAAUAAAAGUUUAUAUAAAUGA